CGGGGCCUCGCGCUGGGCCCGGCUGCGGCGCCUGGUCCCGGCCCGGCCCGGCCCGGCCCGGCCCCGCCCCGCCCGGCUGGCGCUCCUCCCCGCGGGGCGGGCCCGGCGGCGGCGGCGGCGCCAAUCGGCGGCACUGGGGCCCGGGCGGCGCCUUUUAACGGCGGGCGAGGCCCGGCUCGGCUCGGCUCGGCUCGGCCCAGCGCAGCGGCGGCUGUGGUCCCGGCGGAGAGGGGAGGAGACGAGCGGAGCGGAGCGGAGCGGAGCGGAGCGGUGCGGCCGCCUGAAGCGCCCGAGAGCCGUCCCGGCCCGCAGCCCAGCUUUGCCGCCUGCCGCCAUGGAGGGCCUUGUGAUGGCCUACCACAACUUAAUGAAGAAAGCAGACCCUCGGAUUGCCGAGUACCCGCUGAUGGACUCGCCCUUCCUCAUGAUGGGGAUCCUGCUGGGCUAUGUGUACUUCGUGCUGUCUCUGGGCCCGCGCAUGAUGGCUAGCAGGAAGCCCCUGGACCUCAAGAAGUUCAUGGUGGUGUACAAUUUCUUCCUGGUGGGACUCUCGAUCUACAUCGUCUACGAGUUCUUAAUGGCGGGUUGGCUGACCGGCUACACCUGGAGCUGUGACCCCGUGGACACCUCCCAGAGCCCUCAGGCCCUUCGGAUGGUGCGUGUCGCCUGGCUCUUCGUCUUCUCCAAGUUCAUCGAGCUCACGGACACGGUGAUCUUUGUGGUGCGGAAGAAGAGUGAGCAGGUCACCUUCCUGCAUGUCUUCCACCACUCGGUCCUGCCCUGGAGCUGGUGGUGGGGCGCACGCUUUGGUCCAGGUGGCAUGGGCUCCUUCCAUGCCAUGGUGAACUCCAUGGUGCAUGUUGUUAUGUACUUCUACUACGGGCUCUCGGCUGCCGGCCCUGCCUUCCAGAAGUACCUGUGGUGGAAGAAGCAUAUCACGGCCAUUCAGCUGCUGCAGUUUGUGAUCGUCUCCAUCCACAUCUCGCAGUACUACUUCAUGCCUAGCUGCAACUACCAGUUCCCUAUCUUCGUCCACCUCAUUUGGAUCUAUGGGACCAUCUUCUUCAUCCUCUUCUCCAACUUCUGGUACCAGUCGUACACCAAGGGCAAGCGGCUGCCCAAGAGGGCUGAGCUGGCUCCCUUGCAGAAUGGUGCUACUAGCAGCCUCCAUGCCAAUGGCAAGGUCAAGGCCAACUAGAGGGCAUGGUCCUCCCAGAGCCCAUGAGUGCCCCGGGGCGGAGGCGGCUGGGACCUGUCCCUUGCUCCUGGGCAUCAUUCGCCAAACCAAGUGCCUAUAGACUGUCCCCCACGGCCCUGGGCCUGGGCCCGCCUGCACUCCUGUCUGCCCCCUGCUCGGCAUCGCCCCAGGCCAUGGCCCUCACUGGGAACAGAUGGGCCGUGGUCUCUUCCCCACGGGGUUCCUGCCCCGCUCAUCUCCGAAGAAACCUCCCCAAGUGCCUGUGACUGCCCCUUGCAUCGGGGCCCCUCCCUUCUGUCUAGGACCAAACCCGGGCCCAGCCCUGCGUCUCCCCAGGCCCCCGCAGUCGCCCAUGCUGCCCCCUGCUCACCGCUGCGGCCUGUGGGCAUGAGGAAUGGGGCUGGCAGCUGCCCCUCUUCCCCUGCCCUGCCCUGCUCUACUCCACCGUGGUGCUCUGGAUGGCAGCUGCCAAUGGUACCUUUCCCCUGAGCUCAGGCCAUGCCUGCCCUGUGCAGGGCACUCUGCAGAGGUGCACACUCCCUGCCUGCCCUCUUCCCCCGUCCCAGGCUGUGUUCUGCUGCUGCGGGGACUUCCACUGCUGUGCUGGCCCUGGUGCCCUGCUGGGAUGCGGCCCUGGGUCCUGCUCUAGCUCAGAGCAGAGUAGCUGCGCUCCUGCCUCAACUCCCACGCAGCUGGAGCCGGAGCAAUAAUCCCCAGCAGUGGCUCUGGGCAGUCAGGGCAGGCACUAGCCUAUGGCUCUGCCCCCACGGGGAAGAGCACGGCUGGCUCCCUCUCCAGCCUGGCCCCGGCUCCCUGGUGCUGCCCAUCUCCUCUGUGCCUUGUCCAGCUGGUGCCUGGGGGCAGUGUCUGGGGCCCAGUGCUCGGCCCCAGCUCCUUGUAGCCAAAGGCUGGGGGAGGGGGUACGGCUGCACUGCUCUUGUAUCAUCAGAAAUAAACAGACCAAGUGGCUCCA